CAACACAAGUGCUUCAGUUGUGAGGUGGUGCUGGUGGAAGGAGGUGGGCUGCGUGCGUGCAACUGUCGUGUAAUAUUUUUUGUCUCGAUUCAACUGAAGCAUUUGCGUGUGUUAAAGAUAGUUUUAGUUACUUAGAAUUAUCGAAAAUGGACAGCAGUGGGAAUGCCGGUUCGCCUUCAGAUCUGCCCAAGACUAGUGCACAAGCGACCGAAAGUAUAUCUGGUCACCCAGGGUGUGGCUGCAGUAAUUCGUCGGCCAUCAUUACCGUGCGCGUGACUCCGACGACCGGGGGCCAGUUCGAUCUGCAAGUCGCGAAAACGGAAAGUGUGGAAAACUUGAAGAAACUCAUAUCGAAAAAACUUAAAGUUCCCAAAGAACGGAUUUGCCUCCUGCACAGGGACAGGCAACUUCGCGAUGGAACUUUACAAGAAAAUCAGUUAAUGGACGGUAGCAGAUUAACGUUGCUGCCAAGUGUUGAAACGGGUUUAUUGGCGCAGCGACCGGAACAGAGCGUCAUGCAAGCCCUGGAGAGUCUCAACGAUUCUCAGGUGAACGACUUCCUGUCGGGGAAGGCGCCGCUGAACCUGACCAUGAGGCUCGGCGACCACAUGAUGCUCAUCCAGCUGCAGCUGUCCACAGUGACGCCUAGCGUAGCCCGCCGCUCCGGCGCCUCUGGGUCCGGCUCCAAGCAGCAGCCCGCCAGCGCCGCCUCCAGCUCGCACCACAGCCAGCGCCUCAGGGCGUCCUCAUCCAGCACUACGGUCCCAUCCUCCACCUCGUCUACCUCGACCUCGACCUCCACCUCCACCUCCACCUCCACCUCCACGUCCACCUCCACGUCUCCACCGGCGGCGGCGGCGGCGGCGGCGGUGUUCCCGCCACCCUCCCGGCCCUGCAAGUUCUUCCUGGGCAAGCCGCCCCCGGCGCCGCCGCCCGCCCCCGCUCCAGCCCCAGCCCCAGCCCCAGCCCCCUCCCCGGCCGCCGUCCCUGCCUCGCCGCUCCAGUCGCUGGAGAACACCGUGGCCGCCGCUGCGCCGUCGUGCAAGUGCGACCAGCAGCAGGCAGCGCCGCAGCAGCCGGCCGCCAAGCCCACCCUGGACACCCGCGCGCUCGCCGAGGCGUCCAGGAACCUCACGCAGACCCUCAAGCAGCUGUCGUCAGAGGUGCUUACGUCCAGGUCCGACCCUGUGGAGGACACGGCCAGAGCCCGUCGUCAAGGGGCCAUCAUAGAAUCAAUGCAUCACCACGGCAGAGGAGUUUAUUCCGGGACAUUUUCAGGCACCUUGAACCCGGCGCUGCAGGACCGCUUCGGGCGACCCAAGCGUGACAUCAGUACCAUCAUUCACAUCCUCAACGACCUGCUGUGUGCCACGCCGCAGUACCGCCGCCACGCGCGCCAGGGCCACGCCGUGGUGGUUGAGGCCUCCUCGCCCCGGCCGGCUGCCACGCCGCCCGCUGCCACACCGCCCGUCGUGCCCGCCGCGGACAAGCCCCGGGGUCUGAACGGGGAGGAGCGCACAGAGGACGCAACGAAGCUGUCCCCGGAGAACCAGGCGACGCGGGGCAAGAUGGAGCGCCUGCGCCUGGUGAUGGAGGAGCGACGGGCCCGGCGGCGAGCUCGGCGCGAGGCGCGGUCGGCGCCCUACACCACGCAGUGGUCGGCCAAGUCCGAGAGCCUGCCGCAGGGGGCGGGUGUCGAUGAAGCGAUGGAGACGGAGCCCGGUGCAGGGGCCCCCGCCGGGGAGCCCCAACUGUGCGAGAUGAACCCCCCAGAGCCGGUGGUGGCCUGAUGCCCAUCGGGGCUGCAGGUCCGGGUGUAGCGCCCCUUCCCGUGCUGUCGAACUAGCGGUACCGAGCCGUUCGUCGUGAAACCGCAGUACUAACGUCAGGGAUGUUAGGUCGUCGGUGCCCUAUUGUGGUGCAGGACAUUGAACAUGAUGAGACAUAAAAAGUAAUAUCACAGAACAUUGAAAAUAAUAGUGCACUCACCUUAACCUAAAGCAUUGAUUGCUGCAGUAAUGACAGACCAAGAACACUAUUUAAUCUAUAUUAGUUCCAAUUUAAUAUAUAUAUAUAUAAAAAAAGGUACAUUUAAAUACAAAUUAACUUUAAAAAAGAAAUAGAAAAAUAAGUAUUUCCUGGUUCUUGCCUUUUUAAAAAUUCUGAACACGGUUACAUGCACAUAGGGCAAAUGAACUUACGAAAACAAAUAUUUAUAACAUUAUUUCAUAAAAAAAUAUUAUACAUAAUUAUACUGUCAGUGUUUAUUUUCAGUUCAUCUAAUAAUGGUAUGUUUGUGCACCAUAAUUGGUAUAACAUGGUAUGUUGUACAAAUGGCUCGAUUUAUGAUAAAAGUACCAUGACAAUGGGACGCCUAGCAGACCUGACAAAUGUUAGUUUUAAAAUAAAAUCUGCUGCCGCUGCAAGUUUUUUUAUUGUACGUUUAUUUUUUUUUACUGUGAGGCAAGCGGAUGGUGUUUGCUUGCUCAGUAGAUGUCGGUCGUCUAAGUUCAAUUUUGGGUUCGUGAAGGAGCUGUUUUUUAAGAUUGAGAAACGACUCCUUUCAUGUAGAGAUGAGACUUGUGUUCAUUGUACCUCUAUUAAAGAGAUUUGUGGAUGAAUGGUUGUACGUAGUUUAGAAUAUUUGAAUACUUUAUUUGGGGUCAGUGAAAGGUUGUAGUUAAUAUUUGAAAUUUUUGUGUGUGUGUGUAUGUGCGUGUGUAAAAAAAUGUUUCCAAAACUUGCAUGUGUGAAAAAAUUUAAGCUUGUAUUUGUAGGAUGUUUAAAACAUUUUUUGUUGAGUUGAAGAUAUUGUUUCCUAGUUGCUACACAAUGCUGUAUAUAAUUAUGUUGAAAUCUACCAUACCAUGAUAAAAUCGUGUGAUAUUGGAAGCAGUUGUGCUAGAAUUUUAGGUGAUUUAUAAUUUUUUUUAAUUGUUAUAGUUGGUACUUACUAGAAAUAUGGGCAAAAUGUAUCGGCAGAUGUUGUCUCGUUUGUGUGGAUAUUGUUUCCGAACUACGAAUUUCACUGACCUAGGCCAAUGUAACAUCAUUCCUUCGUGGAAUGUUCACACGAUGAGAAUAUUUUUCCCACCUGAAUAACCAUAAAAAGUGACGUUUAUUUGAAUGCACAACAUGAUUGCAGGAAAAAGAAAUCGUGCAUGAAUACACUUUGUCUGUUAAGUAAUUGUGUUGGAAAUAAAGCCCUUAAUAAAUUCA